AUGGCGUUCGUCAAAGUCAAAGAGUGUUUAACAGACCCUCGACAAUUAGUCAAAUUAAUUCUCUUGGUUGUGUGCGUCUGCAUCACGCUCUAUCAGCUUUCAGAAUGUGUUAAUAAAAUCAUGCAUCCACCUAUUACGUCGUACUAUAAGUUUAGACGAAACGAUACUAUUAAAUACCCGGCAGUGACCGUCUGCAGACGACCGAAGUUCAAAAGUCAUUUGUUUCCGCUAUAUGGAUUGAGAUCCGUAAUUGGGGACUUAGCAGCUUAUGAUACUUUCAAGUUUUUCCGGUUUGAUAGUUAUACACUUGAAGAAUUUAUGAAUGAAACAACCUAUAGUCUCGACGAGACGAUUCCACUGUAUGGUUAUAAGGGUUCUGGUUUGGGCGAAAACAUUAACUUCACUAGUUCAUACUACUCGGAUCGCGGUCUUUGCCACACCAUCAUUCCCAAGGAAACAGCGGACACUUUUUCCGUGAGCACAGGAUACUGGUUGUACCUCAAGCAUACAACCAAAGAGAAAACCAAAGACGAUAACGGUCAAUCUACCUCUGGGUUCGAAAUCCAUAUCCACGACCAAAACAACGUCAAAGAUGAUCUUACUAUUAAUACAGAUUACUUAUACAUAGAAAGUGCAGAAAUCGUUCAUCUAACUUUAACUGUUCAAACUUAUAACCAAAUAUCAACGACAAGCGAUCCUUGUUUAGAUGAUCCAGCCUAUAGUAAAUCUAAAUGUGAAGAGAAGUGUCUUCACAAUGCCGCUGCCAAAGCAGCUGGCUGCAAAGUUCCUUGGCUAAGACAAUUAGAAAAUGAAUAUCCAGAGUGUAUCAAUUCAUCAGCCAUAAACACAGUGAACAAUUUGUUUGGAGAAUUUAAGAGAGAAGAUAUUUUGCAAAAAUGUAACUGCGUGAAUGCUUGUAAUAACUCGAUCUACUACUACCAGAUUGAAAGCAGGAAAGAUGCAGACACCAUUUUGUCACCAUCUAGCACCAUUAGCAUUUAUUUCGCUUCCGACUUGGUUACAGAUCUCACAGAAGUCAUUAGUUACGACUGGAACAUUUUCUUGUCAGAUGUUGGUGGUUCUUUGGGGUUUCUUCUAGGUCUUUCAGUAAUUGGUUUUGUUAAUGUCUUGGAAGAAAUUAUUAAACUGGUUUUAAAAAAGGAAGACAAAACGGAAGAAAAUUUGGUCGAGAAUGAAAAGAAGUUGCCAGAUUUUAACACAGAAGGUGGUAACAUGGAGGGGGAAAAUUUGAAGAGUGUUAUGGAGUUUGUGGCAAAUUGUGAUAUGUAUCACUAUAUGCAAGAAAAGAAGAUGAUGGAGGAACAAGAAAUUAGAGAAAAUAAAUAUAUCUAAAACGUUUUAAAAUUUAAUGCAUAUUUAAUGUUAUAGGUUAUGAAAAAUACCAUUAUGGUUUAGUAAUUAAUUAGUGUCAAUUUUAGAAUUUGGAACAAAAGUUAUA